AUGCAUCUUGGCUUCUAUGAAGAUGAUGAUGAUGAUGAUGAUGAUGAUGACACUGCAAUGUUAGUCAAACAGACAUUCACACUUCGAGAAUUCGUGUUAGGACAAACUUAUUUGUCAAUGAUGUUGAAUGCAGAGCUUGACAAAAAUUUUCACAUAAUCCCUUUCAAGAACCAAAACCCAUCUUGGUUCUUGAUAUCUAUCUCCGAUUUCGUUGAUAACUUUUUUGUUAAUUAUAGGACAAGCUCAAUCUCGGCAAUUCUGGCGAACCCUUGGUGGACCAAUCAGACCGGCUUGCCUGGCUUGUCGGAUCACUCCGCCGUGGCCGCAGCCGCAGCCCACCACCACCCCCAAGCCCUCUUAACCAAAGGUGACCUCGGAAUACCUGUUAACCAAAACCAUGACCAUGACCACGACACUAAAGAAGGCGCCGUGGAGAUCGUGAACCGGCGACCGAGAGGACGACCUCCUGGUUCCAAGAACAAACCCAAACCGCCCGUCAUCGUCACGAGGGACAGCCCCAACGCACUUCGCAGCCACGUCAUGGAGAUCUCCGGCGGCAGCGACAUUGCUGAUGUCAUCGCUGACUUCUCCCGGCGGCGGCAGCGUGGCGUCUGUGUUCUCUCCGGCACCGGAUCCGUCUCCAAUAUCACCCUCCGUCAGCCCGCUGCCCCCGGAGGCGUGGUCGCCCUCCAUGGCCGCUUUGAUAUCCUCUCCCUAACCGGAGCUUUCUUGCCCGGACCAGCCCCACCGGGGUCAACGGGUUUGACCGUUUAUCUCGCUGGAGUUCAAGGCCAAGUCGUCGGAGGAAGCGUCGUGGGCCAGCUCGUCGCCGCCGGUUCGGUUAUGAUCGUCGCCGCUACUUUUUCUAAUGCCACGUACGAGAAGUUGCCCAUCGAGGAGGAGGAAGACGGCGAUAAUCGGAGGCAGAUUCGCGGCGAAUCUCAGCCGGGGAUAGAGAGCAGUCUGCCGGAUCCAACGGCAGAGUUGGCCGGAUCGGGUUUCGGGGUCCAGCCACCGCAUAUGUUUCCGAACGGCGGCGGAGGAGGAGGAAUUGGUCAUUUAGGGCUCGAACCGUACACUUGGGUGCACGCGCGGCCUCCGUACUGAGACAGUGAGUCACGUAUCGAUCUAUAUUUGUUGUUAGGGAUAUGUAUACACAUAUCUCCAAUACAUAUGUAUAAUACAUAUACAUAUAUGGCUGUAAAAUAUAGAUUGGUUUGGUUUCUGUACAUUUCAAAGCUUGUUACUAUGGAGAGUGUUAGGGUUUGCAAGGUAAAGAGGAAGAAAGGAUUUUUGAAUAAUAUAAUAAAUUAAUGAAUAAUU